GGAGGUCGCUGAUCAGGAACGCCGCCGGGAGGGUUCGGCGCUUUCCCUUCUGCAGCUGCGGCUCCGCCCGCUGCCCCGGCGUCGCUUCUUGACCCACGCCUCCAUCUGUGGCGGGCUGCUGGCUCCGCGUCCCGCCUCUGCGCCCGGAGGACAUGCAGAAGAGAGAAUGAGCCAGAGGGACACGCUGGUGCAUCUGUUUGCCGGGGGAUGUGGUGGUACAGUGGGAGCUAUUCUGACAUGCCCACUCGAAGUUGUCAAAACGCGGUUACAGUCAUCUUCUGUGACACUUUAUGUCUCUGAAGUUCAACUGAACACCAUGGCUGGACCCAGUGUCAACCGAGUAAUAUCUGGACCUCUGCAUUGCCUGAGAGUUAUCCUGAAAAAAGAGGGUCCUCGCUCAUUGUUUAGAGGAUUAGGCCCCAAUUUAGUGGGAGUGGCCCCCUCCAGAGCAAUAUACUUUGCUGCUUAUUCAAACUGCAAGGAAAAGUUGAAUGAUGUUUUUGAUCCUGAUUCCACCCAAGUCCACAUGAUUUCAGCUGCAAUGGCAGGUUUUACUGCAAUCACUGCAACAAACCCCAUUUGGCUUAUAAAGACCCGAUUACAGCUUGAUGCAAGGAGACGUGGGGAAAAGCGAAUGGGUGCUUUUGAAUGUAUUCGUAGAGUAUAUCAGACAGAUGGACUGAGAGGAUUUUAUAGAGGCAUGUCUGCCUCCUAUGCCGGUAUAUCAGAGACAGUUAUCCAUUUUGUUAUUUAUGAAAGUAUAAAGCAAAAACUACUGGAAUGUAAGACUGCUUCUAUGAUGGAAAGUGAUGAAGAGUCUGUGAAAGAAGCAUCAGAUUUUGUGAGAAUGAUGUUAGCUGCUGCCACCUCAAAAACUUGUGCCACAACCAUAGCAUAUCCACAUGAAGUUGUAAGAACAAGACUACGUGAAGAAGGAACAAAAUACAGAUCUUUUUUUCAGACACUAUCUUUGAUUGUUAAAGAAGAAGGUUAUGGGUCUCUUUACCGUGGUCUGACAACCCAUCUGGUGAGACAGAUUCCAAACACAGCCAUUAUGAUGGUCACCUAUGAAUUGGUGGUCUACCUACUCAAUGGAUAGCAGAAUGGGCUGUCCUGCUACAGAGCAGGAAGACCAAAAGAUCAUGGUGGACCAUGGAACCCUGUUGCCAGCAUGGGGGGCAGAAGGCAGUAGUUUGGAAACCUGCGCUGUGCCUGAGUGGAAGUUUGGUUGUAGGAAGUAAAGCACCACACUACACUAGUCUUCAAUGAAGAGACCCUGGGCCACCAAAGAGAAUGCUUUGAAGUAUAUCUUUCUUAAAUUUGUCAUUUUCCCUACCAUUGUUCACCAGCUAUGUAUCGUUUUUUGUUUUUGUUGGGUUUUUUUAUUGAUUUAUGACAUUCAGAAUAUAGUGUUAAUUAAAUGAGCAUUCUUACAGUCUUAAAAAGUCAUCUCUACGUAAUUAUCCAAAUUUAGUGACCAUUACAAAUGUCUAACUUGGUAUCUUCUGUAUGUAAUACUGUAAAAUAAUGGUAGGUAGGUCCUUAAUACAUUUCCCUGAGAGGGCUCUGCCUGGUACAAUGUUUUAAGUUGUUUGGCAUCAAUAGUUAGUCACUGUAUUUUGACAACCAGUGAUAUAGUACUUUCAGCAUUCAAAUGUGGUUACAGCUGACAUUUAUUAUAAUGUGGACUUUAAAUUGAUAUUAAUAAAUGCACAUGGUUAAUGUUGGGAUUAUAAAAUAAGGUAAUGGAUACUGACUCAAAUAUCCCAUGCAUUCUCCAAUUACAUAAUGUAUGGAUAUACCUAUAAUGUGAUUAUCACAUUUUCAUACCCACAUAUUAUUUACUUUAAAAGUAGAAAAGUUAACAACAUUUGAGUCUGUUCUACUAAUUUUCACAUUAAGAAAUUUAACCUUUAAAUUACUUCCAUGUUCUUGGUUGGUAGAGAAAAUGGUAAUAUUUUACUUUUGCCUUUUAUAGGUUUCUUGAAGUAAUACUAAUAUUUAGGACAAUAUAAAUUGUUAAAAGAAAAAAGGUCCUCAGCUGUGUGAUACAGCAAUUCUUAAUUGGCAGAGAGUCUGUCAAUGAAUGUGCUGCAUUUGACAAAUUUAUUCUGUCGUAGACCCUGAAUGCUUUAUCAUAAAGUCAGGCUAAUUUUAGUUCAGUGUAUUAACAGGAUAUAGUGUUUAAAUAUUGCUGUUGAGUCAGCAACACCUUUUAAUAAUUUAGUUGUAUUAUAUAUGGCCGUAAUAAAGGUGUUUGCUGUACUACUAUAGAUUUUCCAAUGGAUGUUGCUAUACUGGUACAUCAAACUUCUACAAUUAAACUCCACUGUGGUACUCAUCAGUGUACCAUAACCUUACAUUUUGUGCAAUGGGCUUUCUCUUCAGAAUGACUAUGUGAAUGCACUUUGUGGCCUUUUAAGGAAGUAAGAAUUAGAGAAUUCAUGUUUGCUUAUUUUUUUUUUUUAAACAUUGUUAUGUACUAGGCAGAAGCAGUGUUCAUAAUAUUUUUCUGGAUUUUUCAGUGUUUUGGAGAUCUUAUGGUAUUUUAAGUGUGCUGUGUACUGUGUGAUGUCACAGUAUUAUGGAAAAGCUGCAUGCCAUUGGAAGCUUUCUCUGUUGUCACCAGUGACGCUUGAUGCCCUCUUAAAUGUCUCACCUUCCUUGUAAUCAAUAACUGGAUGUUCUUGAGGUGCUCAAUUGGAAUUAAAAUUAUUCCAAUCUAUUUGGAGACCAAAGGCAAGUUGAGAUUGUUACCUUUGUAAUUGCAGCUUUGACUUUUAUUGCAUGGAAGAUACCAAAAACAAAUCCUCACCUAAGGGUUUAGCUUAAAUCUGUAGAGAAGGUCUCAGGCUACAGUGUUUUGCCUCUUCAGGUGCCAUCGACACUGCCUAAUACAGUGCCCUUGUUCUGUGAAGAUCCUUAACUCUUUUGUGUUGAAUGUAGGACAUGUUCUCCUGUGUUACACAGAUCUCAAAUGAUGAAGAAUGACAAGGAAACCAGCAUCUAAGGAACAGCUUGUAUAGUUGUAGCAAAUCUAUAAUAAGUGUCCUUCAAGGAUGAACAUGUAUUAUUCUGUACUUUGCAAGUAAAAGUUAACAUAAACCUCUAGUGCUUUGUACUCUGCUUUUAAAGUAUCCAUAUGUGCUCUGCAGGAAAGGGAUUUUAAAGUCUUAAUAUUGAUUUUGAAAGCAGGGGUGGAAAGGAGCAAUGAGGUCUGUUUUGUUUUUACUGAGUACUGCCUGCCAUAUUUUACUUUACAACAGAUAAUCCCAGAGAAGAAAACCUUGUAUGUGUUAUAUAUAGUUUGUCUCUAAAGUAUUUCUUUGAAGAUUAUCUUAAUUGUAAUAGUUAAAAAGCUGUGCAUACUCCGGAGCAUUGGGUUUUUUAAAAACUGUUUCCAAUCAGAUAAUCUUUUUAAAUGUUUUGGGAGUUGUGUGGACCUCGUUGUAUACUUUUGUUGUGGUCUUCUCAGAAAAUUGAACUUGUUCAGUCAGGCUGAAGCAAUAGUUACUGGAAGCAAAAUCUCAUACACCAGGACUCGGCUGCUGUGGCUCAGAGACUUGAAAUUUGGAUAUUCCAGCGGUGAAUUGCCAAGCUGUAAUGGGAUACCAUACAGUGCUUUAAAUUUCCAGGGAAUAUUUGCCACCAAAUUUUCUGUCUUUGUGUUUUGUUUUGUGUUAUGGUUAGGGCCUCUUAUUGCUCAAGAUGUCGUGAACUCUGGAUUCUCCCGCCUCUGCCUUCUAAGUGCUGGCAUUACGGACAGACACCUCCCUACCCCAGCCCCUUCCUGUGUUCACCCUGUCCCAACUCUCAUUAUGCAGCUGUGUAGAACCAGCCUGACUCACUAGAAGGGGCUCAAGCUGGUUUAUAAUUCUGAAUCUAUGACAGCAACAUUAGGUCAUGUAGCCCAGCAAUUGUCUCCUAAACCGGGAUGUCUGCUGUGUGUUAGUCUUGUGAGGAUGAGCACAGUUUUGUUUUUUGUUUUUGUUUUUUUUUGGAGGGGGGUGUUCAAAAGAAUAAAUGUUCAUUUAAUAAGUGGCUUUUUAAAAUCACAACAAAAUAUUGAUUUCAACUUGAAGGACUUAAGUGGUAGGAAUCAACCCCACCCACCCCCAUUUCUUUUAAGAACUUUCUUCAUAUCUCUGUUUACAUGCUCUUCUGUCCAAACUGCUAGUGUUAUAGGGACCCCUGUAGUGCUGAUUCAUAGCUCAUAUCUCCUCAUUGAUCAUGACUUAACAUUCCAAAGAAGAUAGCUAUGUCUGACUUAAACAGGAUAGAGUUUUACCAUGUAAAAUAAGGUGUGUUCGGCCCCCUCACAUACCUUCCUUUUGUUUCUCCUUAGUUGUACCUUGGUUUUUAUGAUACCCAUUUUAGAAACUAAAAAGUCUAGUUAUGUUAAAACUUUCUGAAUGUACCCCAGUGGAUGUGAACUAAAUUACACCAAUCACUCAUAGUUUAGUCAGCUUUAAAAGAGCUGAUGAGUUUUGCCCAUUCAUGAGUUGCUAUUGCAUUUUUGUACAUGGCUGGAGAUUAAUAUGCAUUUAUUCUGUAUUUAUGUUAACUAGCUGACAUGUACUUGAAUUAAAGAUCAAAAAAUUAAAAUGCUUUUGAAAAUGUG